AUGGGCUCCGGAUACAGCGCCGGACCUUCGGCGGCACGUCCCUGCUUGGAAGUCCUCGUGGGCCUGCUACCAGCUCUCACCAUUCAGCAAUGGUUCUGGAGGUCUGGUAGCCGGCCCACAAGGACUUCCAAGCGGGACGUGCACUGCCAAAGUCCUGGUGAGCUCCGGAUGGAGCGCUGGAGCUUUGGCGGUGCACGUCCCGCUCUGAAGUCCUCGUGGGCCGGCUACCAGCUCUCAAGAUUCACCAGUGGGUCUAGAGGUCUGAUUCUGCUCCAGUUUGCAUUUAAGUCAUCAAUAGUCACACCAGCCUCUGGUUCUCUCUCAGGGAAGGUGGUCCUUCCCUGCUUCUUCUCAAUCCCAACCUCACCGCCACUCUCCUCUCCCUAUGGAGCAAUCAUUUAUGGCACUGAUUAUGUGUGGAUUAAAUGGACCAAAAUAGUUGGCACAGUUGAAACCACGGUGCUGACGGCACAAAAAGGGGUCAUAAAGCUAAAUUCCCGCUACAAGAAACGUAUAUCAGUGCCCAGUCACCCCGAGGAUGUCGGCGAUGCUUCACUGACGAUAGUCAAGCUGCGUGCCAGCGAUGCCGGUACUUACCGUUGUGACGUCAUAUAUGGCAUUGAAGACACUCACAGUAUGGUUGACCUUGAUGUCUCUGGUGUUGUUUUUCACUAUCGACCAAACUCUGGCAGAUACACUUUAACCUUCCAAGAGGCUAUUCAAACUUGCCAAAAUAUUGGAGCAACUAUUGCUACUCCUGCCCAACUGAGAGCAGCCCAUGCGGAUGGUUAUGAACAGUGUGAUGCUGGAUGGUGUUCUGACCAAACUGUCAGAUACCCAAUGACAAGGACAAGAAGGCUCUGCUUAGGAGAUCUGAAGAACAGGACAGGCGUGAGGUCAUAUGGAAAAAGGAAACCUACAGAGACCUACGAUGUAUACUGCUUUACUGACAAACUCGAUGGUGAAGUCUUCUAUGCUCCUGUUCCCCAUAAGAUGACUUUUGACGAAGCUCGCAAAGAGUGUGCAAAACAUGGCGCAGACCUGGCAAGAACUGGUCAGCUGCACUUUGCCUGGAAACAUGGAUUCCACCAAUGCAAUUAUGGCUGGGUCCAUGAUGGCAGUGUACGACUUCCGAUUGUUAAGGCCAGUCCGAGGUGUGGGCGAGGAAAAACUGGUGUCUUUUCCUUGUAUCGUCACAGGAAUCAGACUGGCUUCCCAAAUCCUACAAGGAAGUUUGGAGCUUAUUGUUUUAGAGGAAUUAAUUCUUGCAAACAGAACAUUUGUUUGAAUGGAGGGUCUUGCUACAAGAGCGGGAGCAUCUGUUCAUGUAGCUGUGCUCCCGGUUACACUGGUCAUCAGUGUGAAACUGAGAUUGAUGACUGUCAAUCAAACCCAUGCCGCAAUGGAGGCACAUGUGUUGAUGGGAUGACUUCUUUUACAUGUGUGUGUCUUCCAAGCUACUCUGGGACAUAUUGUGAGGAAGACACUGAAAUAUGUGACUAUGGCUGGCACAAGUUUCAGGGACACUGCUACAAGUACUUCCCACAGAGGAAAACGUGGGACUCUGCCGAGAGAGACUGUCGCAUUCAGCGUGCUCAUCUCAGCAGCGUCCUUUCCCAUGAGGAGCAACAGUAUAUUAACCGUCUGGGACAGGACUACCAGUGGAUUGGCCUCAAUGAUAAGAUGUUUGACAACGACUUCCGAUGGACUGAUGGCCACCCUGUGCAAUAUGAAAACUGGAGGCCAAACCAGCCUGACAGCUUCUUUUCUUCUGGCGAGGACUGUGUGGUGAUGAUAUGGCACGAGGACGGCCAGUGGAACGACGUCCCGUGCAACUAUCACCUCACUUUUACCUGCAAAAAGGGCACAGUGGCCUGUAGUCAACCCCCUAUGGUGGAGAAUGCUCGUACCUUUGGUAAGAUGCGUGAGAGGUAUGAAAUUAACACACUGGUGAGAUACCAGUGUCGAUCAGGCUUUAUUCAGCGGCAUGUUCCAACCAUCCGUUGCCGUGGCGAUGGACGAUGGGACAUACCUAAAAUCACCUGCAUAAGCCCGUCAGCCUACCAGAGGACUUUUAUAAGAAGACAUCAACACAGUAGUCUCUACAGCAUCAACAACUUCCAUCACCCACGAUUCCGAGGGAGAAGAGACAGAACAGAGCAGAAGAGAAAGAAGCCCUGA